AUGCUAUCACGUAGGUUACUGAGUAUAACGAGGACAUUGAGCCAUGUAAAACAAAUCAAGCCUAUGGUUCCAAAACCUACGGAUGAUAUCCCUACAGUUGCUACAUUUUUAGAGAAAAUUGGUCGAGAUUGUAGUGAGUUUACAGAAGUUUUUGAAGAUAAGUGGUCCAACCUAUUUACAUGGGACUCUGCUGCUCUUAAAGAAAAGAACAUUCCAAUUAGACAGAGGAGGUAUAUUCUUUCGCAAGUAGAACACUUUCGUAAUGAUUCAGAUGUAAGAGAAAUCAAGAGAGGCAAGAAAUCAUUCUUUGGUGGUGAGAGAAAGAGGAAAGAAAAUAUGGCUAAAUCGAAGCAUUCUGGUUGA